GCUAGGUAUACACAGACAGUAUCGUGGAAAGGUUGUUAUUGUCAUGGUACGGUAGCGGCGGAUCGGGAUUUCCUCCCUCUCUCCUAACCACUUCACGUUCAACCACCCACCAACUCACAUCUCUCACCAACGCACGAACCGCUCAUUCACUCACUCACACUCACACUCACACUCACACCUGCAGAUCAUCUCGACUUCUUCUCGGCACACAAUCAUCUCGCAUCUGGACACACGUCUACUCCACGCGCACGCGACUUUCUGUCGAUCGUGAUACCCCAACACUACAGCCCGCGAUCUUGACCGGGACUUGGACCUCAACCAUCUACCUCCUCAUCUCCUCUCGGUCUCUUCCGGCGGCGCCGCCAUCACGCCUGCCAUGGAGCAACAGGCCGUCAACCUGAUGAGCAUGCUCAAAAGGCCAACCGCUCCCUCAGAAACCAAAGUCAACCUCUUCAAUUCUCUCAAAUCCGACAUCAAACACUAUCGCGUCCCGGAAACCGCGCAAUCCAAUAUCUUCGACUGCAUCAAACUUGGAAUCACCCAGCAAUCCUCGGCCGCGCUCGCGAGCUCGGCUUUUUCCACCCUCGGCCAUCUGAUCAAAAGGUUAAAGAUUCAAGAUGCUUCUGGCCACGCCAUCACACAGCUCUCGCCGCGGUUAUUCCCGGCGAUCCACGAUCGCUUGGGUGAUCUCCGCGAACCCGUCCGCGCCGCCGCCUCCCAGGCCCUCAUCGACCUGUAUCCAUUCUGCGCAACCGAAAUCGAGCAGCUGGUCUGCGACGAGGCUCUGCCGGGGACCAAUCCUCGUACAAAAGAGACGGUGAUGCGCUGGGUGGUGCGCAUGCAUCAGGAGGAGAACAUGCCGUUCAAGGCGUACGUCUCGCCCAUGGUGGCACGACUGGCGGACCCUGAUGGCGCAGUACAGGAGGCUGCGAAGAGCGUGUUGAUUGAGCUGUUCACCGAUGCGCCAAACGGCGCGAAGAUCGACCUGAAGAGGCAGCUCAAGGCACAUUCCAUCAAACAUGUCAUCGAAAGUUCGAUCCUGACGCAGAUCGGAAGCACAGCAGCUGCGCCACGGCCGGCACCUGCUGCUGCUGCUGGACCAUCGUCGGCGGAAGACCCAGAUCUAGACACAGAAGCAGUGCGCGCCGCGCGAGCGAAGGCAUUUGCGCAGGCGUUCACGAAUAGUCUGAAUAGCGAGGCGGCCCAACCACCUCCGCAGGAGGUCGUUCCGAUGGACCCGAAAUACGUGCAAUCGCUCCGUGAGCUCGAUGAUACCUUUCGGGAGAUGCUGCCGUGUUUCGAUGGCAAGGAGGAUGAGCAUAAUUGGCAGGCGCGCGACAAGUCGGUUACCACGGUGCGAUGCUUGCUCAAAGGCAAUGCGCCCACGGAAUUUCACCACGCGUUCAUGUCUGGGGUCAAAUCUCUCCUGGAGGGCAUCAUCAAGACGAGCAGUUCCCUACGGACUACGAUGUCCUCGAAUGGAUGUCAAUUGGUUCGGGAACUCGCUGUCACCCUUGGACCAGCGCUCGAUCCGCAUGUUGAGAUUCUUCUACAGUCAUUCAUCAAAAUGUCGGCGGCGACGAAACAAAUUGCUGCGGAGAAUGGCCGAUCGACGACUGAUCACAUUUUCCAGAAUUGCACAUAUCACAUCCGUAUGAUGCAGCACAUCUGGAAUGCUGCGCAAGACAAGAACAUACAAGUGCGCCAGUUCGUCGGAGAUUGGCUCCGUACGAUUCUCAAACGUCAGGCCAGUUACAAGCAGCAUUUCGAGACAUCGGGAAGUCUGGAUCUCGCGGAAAAGUGCAUCCGCAAAGGUCUGGACGAUGCCAACCCCAAGGUCAAGGAGAAUUCGCGAACAACAUACUGGACAUUUGCGAAGAUCUGGCCAGAAAAGGCCGAUAAAAUCAUGGCCAGCUUGGAGGCCAAAGCGCGUGCCGCGCUCGAAAAGGAUCCGCACAAUCCGCAUGCAUCCAUUCACAGCUCACAAACUCUCGCGCCGCCUACUGCGCGCUCCAGUGGCGCGUCAAGUCGCAGCACUCUGCGCGAAGCCAUCGCAGAACAGCGCAAAGCAAAAGCAAAGCAAAUGGAGCGUCCCAACUCCGCCAUGGCGGAUUUCACCCCCGCGAAGAUGAAGUCGCACUCUAAUCUUCGAAAUGCUGCACGUGCCCCCUCAAACCUUUCGAGCGUCCAGAGCCGAAACCCCUCCUCGAGCUCGACCGCAGCAGAUCCCGCCCCCGGCUCAGGAUCGGCGGCCAAGAAGGGUAGUGCCCUCAUGUCCGGCCCGGUGAGGAGACCGCGUCGAGUGGAAGUCCAGCGACCUCAAACGGCGGAUCCGUAUGCCUCCAGACGCUUGCUACGUCCGGAGACACCCUCAAUAGCGGGUUCUCCAGGGAGUCCUAGCCGAAGCACAGGCGCAUCCAAAGCUUCCAUCCCGACGUCGUCCAGCACGGUGAGAAAUCGUGCUCUGGGUAGUCCCGCUAGUAGUAUCGCUCGCAGAAGUCCCGUCCCGACCAAUCACGGCCACCACUAUCCCGACUCAAGACCCUCUAGCAAAGGAAGUUUGACUGCUCAGCCGGAUGAGGAUAUGACCAUGGUUGCGCCGGCCACAAGUCGGUUCGCUGCUACGCGUGGUCGGGAUGUUCCUUCUCCUGGCCAAAAUCGUGCCGGCCACGCUAAGACCAUGUCGGUUGAUAACGGAAUUCUGGCCAUGGCAGAAGAUGAGGGCUUCACGAUGGUUCUGCCGAAUAUUGCCGAUUCCUCCACGCGGCAACGUUCGCCGCUCGCAUAUCGAAGUCCGAUGCGAGCCAUGUUUGAUGAUGCCCGGGAACGCGCGGAGCGUCUUUCUCCCGAAGCACAGCGGGCGAUGGAUUCGGCGGCGACGAGGAAGAGCCCCAGUCCAGCGGUCGUGGUGCAUGAUCAUCUCAACAACAACAUUACCCACAAUGGUACGAGCAACGGCACGCCGAAGAACGACGAAGUCCAAAUCUACGAAGACCCUUUCACCGACGAAGAGCCCGCUUCAGGGGAUGCCGCCGGUCGUAAAGUCCUCGGGGAACUCCCCGUGAAUGAAAACGUACGCUUGGUCAGCCCGACGCAAAGUCCGAUAUCCCGUCCGAGCCCUAUGGACAGUCCCCAUCGGCACUCCGACCGCUCCGACCUCCCCGACGACCCGACCAACACCUCCGCAUCGGCCUCUCACGACCAGACCGAAGUCCUCCGCAACCGCCGCCUCAUCGCCUCCGGCAUCGAACGCAUCCGCGCCCGCACCCUCGACGCCCACGGUUUCCGCCGCGUGCAAGACCUCGUCAAGAGCCCCAUGGACCUCUGGGAGAGUGGCAAGAAAUACGAUGAACUCAUGGCCGUUUUGCACGAUUACCUCCAGACCUUUGACCGCGACGCGAAACUCGCCUCCCUCCCGCCCUCCAAGGCCGCAGGUCUGAAAGCUCAAGCUUUAGGUGCCGUCCGCGCGCUCCUAGCUAUCCAUCGCAAAUAUGCACACCCCUGGUACUCCCGCACGCUAUUGGUCCUCCUCGCGUGCCGCGCCACACUGCCUGUGAAUCUCAACCCCAUCUCUCAAUCCUCGCCGUCGGCCAAUCCACCCAGCGAUCUGACGUCUUCUUCACCCGCGAACUCUACUGCAAGCAACAAUCACCAUCACUACCACCUCGUCAUCUCCGACCUCCUCCGCACAGCCGAUGACAUCGUCGCCGUCGCUCCCCCGGCGCCCUGCCUCGAAGCGAUCCAAGCCUGGCUCCCGUCAUCCUCGUCAAAUUCCUCCAAGGAUUCAAACGGCACAUCGACCUCCCCCCGCGCCAUCGCCAUGGCUCUGACCCUCCUCAAGAACCUCCUCGUCGCUUCCUCCUCCGGCAAGACCUCUCGCCCGCCCACCGCCUCCUCCGCCUCAACAUCCACCCCUCCCAACAACGGAGGAUUGGAACAAGGAACCGCCUCCCCCCUCCCUGCAGACCUCCUCAUCCUCCUCGCCCGCUCCUCCGCGCGCUGGCUCGGCGCGAGUGACGCCGAGGUCCGGAAGGCGGAUGUGGAUCUGGCCAGUGAGUUGUUCGAGGGCUGGUUUGCGGGAGGUGCAAAUGGCGGUGGGAAUUUCGCUGGAGCGGGAAGUUUGACCCCGGAGCUCUUCUGGAGGGAGUUUCGCGGCGUCGAGGAGUCCCGUCUGGGCCUCUUGACGUAUUACAUCGCGAAGAGGGGCAAGAAAGCUGGAACUGGGACUGGGAACGUCGCAAGAUGAGGAAAGGUUUCCGGUUUUCGCUGGGAAAUCUCCGCCCGUCCGACCGGUUUCGUUGCUGUUGUUGCUCCCUGUUUUUUUUUUCCUUUGCCCUUUUUCCUUUCCACUACAACUUCACUAUCGUGUAGAGCUUCCUCUUCCUUUUCUUUUCCUCGUCUUGGGAUUUCUUGCUUCAAGACUCUAGCGUUGGCGCUCCACGGCGAAUCAGAAAG